AUGCCCGACAACAACCAACAAGCUUCUGAGAAUGUUUCUUCUGACGGCCAGCCUGGUUCUUCAGCUACUACUGCCGAUCGGGCCUCUGCUCCCCGAUCUUCAGCGGCCUCACAGCAGGCUGUCAUCACGACACCCUCUGGAGCCAGGGUCGCUUCCACGGCUUCAUUCCGAGUCCUCAAUGAUCAACAGCUUCAAAGAGCUAUAGAGGCUGAUACGAAACGACGAAUAGCAAUGGGACUACUUACCACAGCAGCAAGCUCUUCCCGCCCAGGCGGCUACCGUGACGAAUCCACAUUGUACAUGGGCCACGCUUCCCAAGGAGGGUCCAUGAUGCCGCCGCCGCCACCCCGAUAUCAAGGUCAAUCAGGCUCACAAACGUUCGGUGAGCAAGAUUUCUAUAGCAAUCUGCUUUUCAACGAUGACAUUGGGCCCGAAGAUGAGGCGUAUAUGAACCUCUACCGAGCAAGAGGCAGCGACCCUUCUGAUAAAGGUAAAAGACCAGCCUUAGAAGCGCCUCCUCUCGCACAGCAUCCCCCCAAACAGCGUCGAAUCACCGAGACCGGUACAGCAGAGGACGAGGGCGAAAGUGAUGAAGUACAAGAGAUCGACCCCGCCACAGGCCAACCGGUCUCUGAGGGCCCAAAGAGUACGCGCCCCGCUUUCCGCAACCUCACCUUCAGCGUCACCGUCGAAGCCGAUUGGGGCACUUCUCUAGGACCACAGAGUGAAGACCGAACAACGUAUAGAUACGAUAUUUCAUCUGAGAGUAGAAGCCGAGAGAUGCUGCAAGAUGUGUUGAGGAAUCUCUCGAACAUCAAGCUCCAGGACCAGGACGCUUUAGCACAAGAGUUGCGCGAGAUGGAGAGUAGGCAGCGGAAGUAA